AUGGAGGAGGUAGCAGAUGAAGAAGAGCCGACACGAUUUGCCAAGGUCUUCCCGCGCCCAGUUGCAGAUGUUUUGGGGGUCGGACAGACUGUGUUUGAAGAAAUUCAGGAGUCUCAGGUUGACAUGGGUCUGGAGAAAAAUCCAUGGGCACCUUUUGAUGAUGAAUAUGAGUGGGGCCUCGCAGAAUGGCUGUCGAAGAGAGUCAACAAGACUGCGACCGAUGAAUUCCUUAAACUGGCCAUUACGAAAAAUUGCACUCAGCCAAGCUUUACGAGCAACUAUACAUUUCAAAAGAAACUUGAUAAACUACCUACAGUCACGUCAACAGGAGAUCGAGUGGGUGGAGAUCGGAAGCCAUUAACAGAACAACAUGAACUUUGGCGGUGUGACCCUGUGGAGUGUGUGCGUGAUUUGAUUGGUAAUCCCGCAUUCAAGGAUUACCUUUCAUAUGUUCCCGAGCAAGUUUUUGCUGAUCCGCAAGGGAAGACGCAGGUAUAUGAUGAGAUGUGGACUGGUGAUUGGUGGUGGAACAUGCAAGAACGCCUACCUUCAGGUGCCGUUGUUGCUCCAGUAAUACUCGCAUCCGACAAAACAAAUCUUACUCGUUUUCGUGGCGAUAAAGCUGCAUGGCCAAUAUAUUUGACCAUCGGAAAUAUCAAAAAGGACAUUCGCCGUCAGCCUUCUAAGCAUGCAACAGUGCUGAUAGGAUACUUACCAAUAUCAAAGAUGCUGCAUUUCAAGGAUGACGAAGGACGGCAGAUUGCUCAUUAUCGUCUCUUUCAUAACUGUAUGCGGUUGGUGACAAAGCCACUUGUCGAUGCCGGCCGUCACGGAGUGGAUAUGAUAUGUGCUGAUAGGAAUAUCCGAUGCAUUCAUCCUAUUCUUGCAGCAUAUAUUGCAGAUCAUCCCGAGCAAUGCCUGAUUGCCUGCUGUAAAGAAAACCACUGCCCUCGUUGUGUUGUAGGAACGAAACAUCACGGAGACCACUUCGACUCACCUCUUCGAGAUGUCAAUGAGACUCGAGCAACUCUCGAAUGCCAUAAAAACGGCGAAGACCCUCACCUUUUUGAAGAUCACAGUCUUCGCGCGAUAUAUUUUCCGUUCUGGUCACAUCUUCCACACACCGACAUUUUCAUGUAUAUCACUCCGGAUAUUCUACACCAGUUACACAAGGGUGUUUUCAAAGACCACAUUGUGAGCUGGUGUUCUACAAUCAUCUCUGACGCAGAGUUCGACACACAUUUUCAAGCUAUGUCCGAUUUUCAUGGUCUCCGUCACUUCAAACGGGGAAUUUCAACUGUCUCUCAGUGGACUUGCACGGAGCAUAAAGAGAUGCAGCGCGUUGUCUUAGGCGUCAUCGCUGGUGCUGUUGAACCCCGUGUGUUCCGGGCUGCACGUGCUGUUCUCGACUUUAUUUACUAUGCUCAAUACCAAGCUCACACAGACACGACUCUUGCGCGGAUGCAGGAAGCACUGGAUGUGUUUCACGUGAACAAAGAUGUUUUUGUCGAGCUCAGGCUUCAUCAACACUUCAACAUUCCCAAGGUUCACUCAAUGCGCCACUAUGUGCAGUCCAUCCGAGCGUUGGGCAGCGCAGAUGGUUUCAACUCGGAGAGCCCCGAACGCUUGCAUAUCGACUAUGCAAAGGAUGCUUACCAGGCAAGCAGCAAAGUAGAUUAUAUCGCGCAAAUGACUCAUUGGCUCGAACUUCAAGAAGCCGUCUUUCGACAUGGCAUGUUCCUCAAUUGGGUCGCAUCAAAAGGUGGACUCGGCGAACCUCUCGACUCAGAUUUGCUCGAAGACGAGGAUGAGGAACCGACAUUCGCAGAUUCAGACAUCAUCCCAUCAGGACUGCUGGCAUCGCAUGGUUACCAUGUUGCCAAGAGUUGCCCGUUUCUCGCCGUCUCCGUGUCUCGCCUGCAAACAGAUUUUGGCACCAUCGACUUCAUCCCCACCCUUCAAACAUUCCUCACCCAUCACUUUCCCCAUUCCUCUAUUUCUGCGAGCCAGUAUGACCAGUUUGACUUAUUUAAAUCGGUUUCACUUCGGCUCCCUCGACGAGACCACAUUAGUGACCUCAAGCGGCUGAAUCGAGUUCGUGCUCAUCCAGCUAUUCCCAAUCGCGAUUGCCGCAAGCCACCUUCACCUGCACACUUUGAUGUGGCGUUUGUAGUCGAGGAUCACCAGCUAUGGGAGAGUGGUACAGGCUUGGAUGGCUUGCGGCUCGCACAGAUACGUGCAAUUUUCAAAUUGCCCUCUCACUACGGGAAAUUUCCUCAUCCAUUGGCAUAUGUCGAAUGGUUUCGACCUCUGCGCGAUCCGGAACCUGCGACCAACCUUUAUCGACUUGCACGUUCGACUCGUAACCAAUGGCGUUUCGCAUCCGUCAUCAGUGUUCGAGACCUUCUGCAAGCAGCACACCUGAUGCCCAGGUUUGGAUCGAGUAAGGUAGAUGUAUCAUGGAUCAACGGCGAUGUUCUUGAGCUCGCUGACGAGUUUUAUGUUAACCCUUACAUUAAUUUUCACAUUUUUGAUACUAUACAGCACUUGUACUAG